CUUUGUUCCUGCCGCUUCAGCUUCUCCGGACUUUCUUUCCAUUCCCAUUUCUGAUUAAACACCUAUGAUUUAUUCUCCCCUGUUUAGUUCCUUUUCUUCCCUUUUUUCCCAAAAUACUUGGUUCCCCUUGGUUUAAAUGACACACUUGAACGGCACCGUUGCUUUUGCUUUGAAAGUUUUCUUUCUCCUCCGCAUCACCACCUGCUCUGUUGAAAGACGCUCCUGAAUCAGCAUCGCACCUGCAUCCAGCAUCCCCCCCCCUGAAGCACAGCAGCAUCCGGAGAGCAUCCGAGAUUUAACCAAGACAAUCACACUAGAACACCCGCACAUCCUUCAUGCGCAACGACCGGGCGCAAAAGCGCACACAUAAUACGCACGGUGGAGAUCCGCUCAAGUCGCUGGCACAGGAAAUCUGGACUGGCUUUUGUUUGAACCGUUUUACCUUUGGCAUUCUGAGUGGGGGACCAGGAAAAAGCAGUGGACAAAGUGUGCGGAGUGAAAAGAGGAAAAUCUAGCUUGGGGAUUGAACGCAGCGGGGCAUGUGGAUAUUGGCAUUUCUCUUUCUCCAGAGCAUCCUGAAUGUUUUCGGUGAAGAUCUACGUUCCAGCUUAUAUUUUGUCAAUGCAUCUCUGCAAGAGGUAGUGUUCUCCAGCACCACAGGGGCACUGGUGCCGUGUCCUGCCGCGGCCGUGCCCCCCGCCGCGCUGCGCUGGUACCUCGCCACCGGGGAGGAGAUCUACGAUGUCCCAGGCAUCCGCCAUGUGCACCCCAAUGGCACGCUGCAGAUCUAUGGCUUCCUGCCAUCCAGCUUUAGUAACCUAAUCAAUGACAAUACAUACUACUGCACAGCGGAAAACCCAUCAGGAAAGAUCAGGAGUCAAGAUCUACACAUCAAGGCCGUAUUCCGCGAGCCAUACACAGUGCGGGUGGCUGAUCAGAGAGUCAUGCGAGGGAAUACGGCGGUCUUCAAGUGCAUUAUCCCGGCCUCAGUAGAGGAGUACGUCAGUGUUGUAUCAUGGGAGAAAGACACAGUCUCACUUGUCUCAGGACCAAGAUAUCUUAUUACAUCCAUGGGGGCCUUGUAUAUUCAGGAUGUGCAGUCAGAGGAUGCGGUGAAUAUUUAUCGCUGUACCACGCGGCAUCGAUACACAGGGGAGACCAGACAGAGCAACAGUGCCCGACUGCUUUUAUCAGAACCUGUGGACUCAGCUCCAGUGAUUCUGGAUGGGUUUGAACGGAGGGAGGUUAUGGUGGGUCAUCGGGUGGAGCUCCCAUGUAAAGCAUCCGGUCACCCCACACCCAGGUAUCGCUGGCUGAGGGACAACAGCCCCUUAGAAUCAGACAGCCGGUACCACCAGAGUGUAUCGGGCCUUCUCAUCGAGGCCACACGACCCAGUGAUGCAGGCAGUUAUGUGUGUGAGGUGUGGAACAGCUUCGGGAAUGCCAAAGUGGUCGGACGGCUGGCGGUUAAACAGCCUCUGAAAGCAGUGGUGAGUCCCCGGAAGGUGAGAGGGAGCGUGGGUAGCCAAGUGUCGCUGUUCUGCAGUGUGACUGGCUCUGACGAGUAUGAAAUCACCUGGUACAGGAAUGGUGAGAAGAUCUAUCAGGGUAUAAAUGUACGUAUAACGGGCAUCAACAACGAGAACCUGGUGAUGGAAGGAAUGGCCAAGAGCGAUGGAGGAGCGUAUCAGUGCUUUGCUCGAAAUGGCAAGAUGUCCACCCAAGACUUAGUUCAGGUCGUCUUGGAAGACGGGACUCCAAAAAUCCUCUCUGCCUUCAGCGAGAAGGUGGUGAGCCCGAAUGAGCCCAUAUCACUGGUGUGUCACGUGAAAGGAACCCCCCUCCCCACCAUCACCUGGACGUUGGACGACGACCCUGUCAUCAAAGACAGCAACCACCGCAUGGAUCGCAUCAUCACCACGGAAGGCCACGUGCUCAGCUACCUGAAUGUGUCUCACACACAGGUCACCGAUGGGGGCGUCUAUCGCUGCACCUGCAACAACUCGGCCGGCUCGGUCUCCUACCAGGCUCGAAUAAACGUAAGAGGUGCUGCCAGUAUUCGACCAAUGAAAAAUGUCACUGCCAUCGCUGGAAGGGACACGUACAUUCACUGUCGCAUCAUUGGUUACCCGUACUACUCAAUUAAGUGGUAUAAGGAUUCCAACCUGCUCCCAUUUAACCAUCGCCAACGUGCCUUUGAGAACAACGGCACACUGAAGCUGUCCAAUGUGCAAAACUCGGACGAGGGGGAGUACACAUGCUACGUGUUGGUGGAUCCAGAGAAACAAAUUCACAGGAGCGUCCAUGUGACAGUGAAAGUGCCCCCUCUGAUCCAACACUCCGACUCUCAGAGCGCUUCCAUCGGUCAGCGUGUCUUCAUCCCCUGCGUGGUCAUAUCCGGCGACCUGCCGAUGUCUAUAACCUGGCACAAAGAUGGACGACCAAUCAAUGCCAGCCUGGGUGUCACCAUAGACAACAUAGACUUCACCAGCUCAUUACGCAUUUCAAACCUGUCGGAAAUUCAUAACGGCAGUUACACCUGUAUUGCCCGUAAUGAGGCUGCUGCCGUCGAGCAUAGCAUACAGCUCAUCGUUAAAGUUCCGCCACAUUUUGAGGUACAGCCAAGAGACCAGGAUGGCAUAUAUGGGAAAUCAGUGAUCCUGAAUUGUUCGGCAAAGGGAAACCCAAUCCCCACUAUAGUAUGGAACCACUCAAAAGGUAUGCUAAUCUUGCAUACCGUCAGAGAAGACUCUGGCUUCUUCUCUUGCAUUGCUAUCAACUCUUAUGGUGAAGAUAAAGGAAUCAUUCAGUUGAUAGUACAAGCUCCAUGGGCCUCAUCUCAAAUGACCAAAGACGUCUCCCCUCAGCUGAAUCAGGCCACCAUCAUUGAACUCCACCCUGCUUCCACCUACAACAUCCGCAUGUUUGCCAAAAACCAGAUCGGCGAAAGCAGACCAAGCAAUGAGCUGACCAUCACCACAGAUGAAGCACCACCAGACGGCGCUCCUCAAGACGUGCAGCUGGAAGCAAUCUCAUCCCAAAGCAUCAAAGUCACAUGGAAGCAUUUUGUGUGUGUUGCAGAACUGGGAGAGAUCAGGAACAUCACAACCACCAAGCCUUCACUAGAGUUGGAACGGCUGGAGAAGUACACCAACUACAGUAUCCAGGUCCUGGCCUUCACUCGAGCUGGAGACGGAGUCCGUAGCGAGCAGAUCUACACACGCACCAAAGAGGACGUUCCUGGCCCUCCGGCUGGAGUUAAGGCAGCUGCUUCAACAAGCUCGGUGGUGUUUGUUUCCUGGCUUCCUCCACUCAAACUCAAUGGAAUCAUCCGGAAAUACACCGUCUUCUGUUCCAACCCGUACCCCACGGUGAUCAGUGAGUUUGAGGCUGCACCUGAUGUUUAUUUCCGUCGUUUGACCAACCUGAAUCAGAACUGGCAGUACAGCAUUUGGGUUGUGGCCGUCACUGCGGCGGGCCGUGGGAAUGCCAGUGAAAUUAUCACCGUAGAGCCCCAAGCUAAAGCCCCUGCACGAAUCCUGACGUUCAGCGGCACUGUGACCACCCCCUGGAUGAGGGACAUUGUCCUUCCAUGCAAAGCAGUUGGAGACCCUCCUCCAGCCAUCAAGUGGCUGAAGGGAAAUAAUGGUACACCAGCUCCAGUUUCAAUCGAUGGUCGCCGCAGUGCUCACAGCAAUGGCAGCUUUGUUAUUCGCACUGUCAAAGCAGAGGACUCUGGGUACUACAGAUGUGUUGCCAGUAACAACUGGGGUUCGGAUGAGAUUAUGCUAAACCUUCAGGUCCAAGUACCUCCGGACCAACCGCGCCUCACAGUGACCAAAACCACAACCACCUCUAUCACACUGUCCUGGAUCCCUGGAGACAAUGGAGGAAGCUCCAUCAGAGGCUACAUUCUGCAGUUCUCUGAGGAUAACAGUGAAGAGUGGGGCAGUUUCUCCAUCAGCCCCAGUGAGCGGUCUUACCGUCUAGAAAACCUAAAGUGCGGUACUUGGUACAAAUUUACUCUGACUGCACAAAAUGCAGUUGGACCUGGACGCAUCAGUGAAAUCAUUGAGGCUAAAACCCAUGGGAAAGUAACAUACCCCACUGCCCGCCGCACAGCUAAAGCAGGUCCCGCCACACGCAGUCGAUACGCCAGCCAGUGGACCCUGAACCGACCGCACCCUCCCGUCUCCUCACACACCCUCACUACUGACUGGAGGCUUCCCACACCCCGCGCCACGGGCUCAGUGGACAAAGAGAGUGACAGUUACAGCGUCAGUCCCUCUCAGGACACAGACCGUGCUCGCAGCAGUAUGGUGUCUACAGAAAGCGCCUCCUCCACGUACGAGGAGUUAGCCCGUGCUUACGAACAUGCUAAGAUGGAGGAACAGCUGCGACACGCUAAGUUCACGAUCACAGAAUGUUUCAUCUCAGACACAUCCUCCGAACAGAUGACGGCCGGCACCAAUGAUUACACAGACAGCUUGACGUCCAGCACGCCGUCAGAGUCAGGCAUCUGCAGAUUCACUGCUUCCCCACCCAAACCACAAGACGCCAGCCGGGUCAUGAACAUGGCCGUGCCCAAAGCACACAGACCCGCAGGUGAACUGGUCCAUCUUCCCCCUUACCUACGCAUGGACUUCCUUUUGAACCGGGGAGCAGCCCCUUCAGGUCGAGAGGCCACAGGACAGACUUGUAUGGACCCGCAGAAGAGCCGAAUGGCGAAGCGGCCAGCCUUGCUGGCCCCCACACCCUCCGAGACCCCCUCGUCAGCCCUCUCUUCCUCCGGCCCCCCCAGCAGAGAGGCAGUACAACAGUGGCAGCCGGGAACUGCCUCCACACUGCCACAGCGCGAGCCGGGCGACCUGGCCCAGGCCGCCAAACUCAGCAGCUCCCAGGAGUCACUUCUAGACUCCAGAGGACACCUGAAACAAAGCAACAACCCCUACGCAAAGUCCUACACACUUGUAUAACACAGGACUACAGCUGCGGACCACGUUGCACUGUCACGCACACACAAACACGUGAGGACCUGCUGCAAAGACGAGCGCUUUUCUGAUUCAGAGAUGAGUCCUGUACAUACAUUCUGAAUUCCUAAAGAAGUGGAUAGUUUUCUUUGCAUCUGUCUAUCUAUCUAUCUAUCUAUCUAUCUGUCUGUCUGUCUAUCUAUCUAU